AUGUUACUAGAUGGUUUCGCUGCCGAAUGGUAUCAAGGUGUAAAAGCUACCAUUAGUACCUGGAAAGAAGCAAUUGAUCUUUUGAAGCUUACGUUUGGACCGCAAAAACCUGCCUAUCGUGUGUAUCGUGAAUUAUUUGCAAAUGAACAAGAUGAAAGUACACCUACUGACAUUUUCGUUUGUAAAGCCCGUUCUACGCUAGCACAACUUCCAAAUAAUACGCUAACAGAAGAACCUCAAUUAGACAUGGUAUAUGGACUCCUACAUCGAAGAAUACGUGAAAAAGUUUCUCGCAACAAAAUCAACAACUUCAACGAACUUCUAUCCCAAGCUAGACUAGUUGAAGAAACGUUUGAACGCACCGACUCAUGA